GAGCUUCUCUUCUCGCUUUUAAUGUAUUGUCCAACUCGGUCGCGUUAACAACGUAACGUCGAUAUCUUCGCGUAGCUUUUUGCUGGUUAGAAAGAUACUGCCUUGCUUGGACCGCGCCUUAAAUUUGGUUGGAAUUUUCGUUCGAGAAAUUCCCAUACAGCUUAACGGUUGUGGGUGGAAAAAGUGAUAUUUUACGAUAGAAAACUACCCCUGAAGAGUGCCUUUUAUGCUUGUAGUUAUUAUUUUAGUUAGAAAUUAUCGAUUUUUGGUGCAUUUUGAAAUAGAGUGAAGUGAAGUGAGAGGCCAUAGAAAAUUCCUCUGCAGUUGUAUACUCCUUUUGUUCAGUUACAGAGGUCCGUGUGGGUGGAUUUCGGUGUGCAGGAUAGAGAAAAGUGGAUAUUUUAAGCUGAUUUCCAGUUUGGUGUCAAGUUUCAUCGUAGGAACUGUAUCACCCUGCUUUAUGCUCCAACAGUGCGCAAAACGUCGAAAGCGACACGGAUUGUAAUAUGUGAUCUCAUCUCUAAACAACCUCAGCAGCAGUGAAAUUAGUGCAAAUAAAUUUAAAAUAAUUAAAUAAAAAGUUUGUCUUGUUUGUGAUAACAUCGAUGUGUUCAGUGAGUUCUAAGAAUUUUUCACAAAUUUUCUUUCCGAAUCUACGAAUGAGCGUUACUUGCGUGGCUCCCUUGAAGCAAUGUGAGAAGUGAAAAGUUAACACCGAAAUCUAGUGAAAAUGGCAAAGUACAAAAAGUGUACUCACAGUGCGUCGCUAAUUAGACGUGUCUUACUUUAUGGCGCUUUUACUGCCACCGUAUGUUUAGUGUUGAAUAUUCAGAGCGUUCUAGCCCAAAAUGAGAUCAAGCUAAAUGAAAUUGAUCCAGGUGAUCCCAAUGUGCAUUAUGAUGCAAAUUCUAACCCCAACGCGAAUAAGCCAAUGACGGAAUUGGCAGGUGGAUCUAUUGUCGGCGAAAGAAUAUUACGUGCAGAUGAAAGUCCAUUCAUAGUGCGGACCGAUAUUGAAAUUGAAAAUGGUGCGAAAUUGGUAAUUGAAUCGGGAGUGACGAUGUACUUUGCACCGAUGGUUGGAAUUACAGUGAGAGGAACUAUCAAAGCUGUGGGAACUCCCGACCGAAAGAUCACAUUGACCUCACAACAAAACACAGGUUAUGGUGACAAUAUCCUUCCCGAACCCGAGGAGGUAGCAGCAAGACUGGUUGAUGGACCUUCCCCCUUGCAAGGUCGUCUGCAAAUUUAUUAUAAGGGUAGUUGGAGAUCAGUGUGCACCAAUUCAAGAAACUGGACAGUUCAAGACUACGAAACUGCAUGCCGGCAGAUGGGCUACCAAGGGGGUAGAUUUUGGAAUUGGGUAGAGCGAAAUUGGAAUUUCCAACCACGUUUACUCUACGAAGAACCAAACUGCAGAGGAACUGAGUCGUCUCUGUUAGAGUGCUCCUGGCAUACCAAACAAAUAGGCUCAGGUGUCUGUGAUUACCAUAGUGAUAUUGGAAUUCAAUGCUUACCGAUCCACGAAUCGCCUCUAUCCCAUUGGAGAGGGUUGCAGUUUGACAAUGCUCCCACGACCCGGACUCUCUCAGAAGAUAAUACAGUGUAUAGCUCAGUUUCAGAGUCACUAUUGCGAUAUGUUAAUAUAGUUCGGGCCGGAUCAGGAAGAGGACGAACCACGGUUGGGUCAAUAGAGGUUAUUGGAAUACCACCAGUAUUAGAAUUUGUCACAGUUGAUCAUUCUGCCUAUACUGGAAUUAAUGUAACCCUGCCAGAUUCAGGGUUUGUGUUUCGAAAUGUUACUGUCAGACGAAGUAAAGGAUUUGGAGUGUUUGUGAACUCGAGCUGCGGGCUUGCCCACUUGGAGGAUUGUAUUGUCAGUGAAAAUGGAGCAGAUGGUGUCCGAUAUGUUGGACACGAUCUCAGAACGGAAGAUCGAAAGGAUCGAACUACGAUCUACGACUUUUGCACAGUACCUAAUACUGCAGGACAAACAUACCCCAUCUCAGUUUCACUGAAACAGUCGAAGUAUGAUGCCGGAACUAAAGAGUGUAUGAAAGCGUUCCAGACCAAACGUGGCUACGUUUUGACUGCCAGCUUUGUUUACUUCACUAUUGCACAGAAUGAAACAGCUCAAAUUGAUGUAUACGAUGGAACGUCGGUAAACGAUCGGCUGCUGAAAUCCUGGAUGAUACGGAAUUCAACGCGCGUUCAAAGUAUUUCCAGUACAAAGGAAAAAAUAUUUAUACGCUUCAAGGCUAAUCCCAGGGCGGAGAUGCUGGGGUUUCUUCGUUUAACCACUGGUCCAUUCAAAACAUAUGAUCUCAACGUAACACGUUCAGUGAUCGCAGAUAACGGAGGCCGUGGUGUUGCUGUGGAUAAUUUACGAUCGAUGGUGCACCUUCAUAGGAGCGUUGUUUCAAGUAACGGGCAUGUGGCUGGCUUACACGUAACCAGCGGAGCAGGAGACGUUAAUGUUACACAGACGAAAAUAAGUUUCAACCAAGGAGAUGGUGUUAAUAUUACUUACUAUGGAGGCAACCGGAAUAUAUCAAGAAGUUCACUAAGUUCCAAUGGUGGCUAUGGUUUGAGUUUAUGGUUGAAUGAAACUUCUGACAAGGAGCGAAUGGAAUUUGUACCAGUAAAUCAAACAACGGUGGUCGAAUACUCUGAGAUAGUGCGUAAUCUUGAAACUGGCAUUCGCCAUGGCAAUUUCUGUGGAGAUUUUUGGGUUAAUAUCACAGGAAAUUGGUUCAACGACAGCAAAUCAAAUGAUGUUGACAUCCAAACUUGCUGGUUUGAUAGAGUUCCAGAUGGGCGACUACGACUUCAAAUUGGCCAUAACUUAUUCGAACACAGCAACCGUGUAGGUGUCCUUAUUAGUCCUGCUCUGAAUCUCCUCGGAAAAAUUGAGUACAAUCACUUUCGCUUUGGUAAGCAUGGCGCGAUCUAUAUCAAAAACAAAGAAUGGGAAGAAUUCAGGAUGCUGCCGGUCCAGUUAAAUAUUCAACACAACCAGCUUUAUAAAAAUCAAGGGUAUUACGUGGUAUCUUUGGGUUUGUCUCCUUAUGGCGAUCGCGAAACUCAACAUAUUUUGUUCACAAGAAACUUUGUGAAGGAUAAUAAAGUGGUGGAGCCAUUUGGAUCGCGUGAAGAAGGCACAGAAGGGGCUCAAGGAGAAGGUCGUUUGAAUCCGCGGUCACGAGUUUCAGCUGCUGUGGUUAUUUCUUCUAGCAAUGUGGACGUUUUUCGAAACAUAAUAUCGAAUAAGGAUUCCAGAUAUGAAGUUGGAUCACAACUAUCAGAUCAGAGUCGAAUUCUCAAUGUUACUUACAACUGGUUGGGCCAUGGAAGUGAAGAAGUUAUCUAUCAAAGGGUUUUCCAUCGAAAGGAUCGCUAUGAUCUCGCAAAGAUUGAAUACAUGCCUUUUCUACUGCAUAAUUCUAAUCCUGGAACGAAUACUGUUUUCAGUCAAAGGAUUUUCGUGCCAAAGUUCUAUAGCGAAGGAUCAGAGUACAUUGGUGGUGAAGUUGAUGGCCAAGAAGUUAUACCCCCUGGAAUUUACACUGUGAAUCGAGACGUAAAUAUUCGUCCGGGAGGAAAACUUAUACUGAGUCCUGGCGCAACUUUGAAUUUCGAGCCUAGUGUUGGAAUGAUGGUUGCUGGGAAGUUGGAAGCAAGAGGUCGACGUCCGGAUGACAUUCUUUUUACACUGAAACAAGAAAUUGUGGUCGCGGCUAACGAGACGAACGAAGCAUUGAACGAUGAGAUGGCUGUGAUCGAUAUUGAAACGGAUUCAGUGAUUGGGGUCAACGAAACUCCAAAAGUGCCAAUAAGAUUGUUAGGUGGAGUUUCGGAGCAUGAAGGAAGACUCCAGGUGUAUCUGAAUGGAAAAUGGGGAACAGUUUGUGACUACGGUUGGAAUAUAAUUAACGCUGCAUUAGUGUGCAAUCAGCUAGGAUUAGCUUUGAACCCUUCUGACUGGAGAUUACUACGCUCGGAAGUUCCUGGGAGUGGCACGACGGAAGAGAUUCUUUUAUCCAACGUACGCUGUACAGAACAUGACACUGACAUAACAAAAUGUCGAGCUGAAAGAUUUCUAAAGGGAGAGUUUGAAAACUCUUGCACCCAUGAACAUGAUGUGGGACUUCGAUGCUAUGAAGGAGCUUGGGCCGGUCUACGAUUUGGAGUUCUCGCUGAGCGCGCUGAUCUGCAGUAUGUUACGAUUGAGAAAGCUGGCCUUUUCGAUUACACCACAAAUUCCUUCAAACCAGCUAUGCAAAUGGAUUUUGCUAAACACAAUUUGGAGAAUGUGCGGGUUGUCAACAAUUUACAUGACGGACUUGGUGUAGUUUACUCAGAUGUCUUUGGAGGAAUAUCGAUUAACAAUGUGAAAAACUCAGAGUUCAUGAAUAAUCGUGGAAGCGGGGUUAGUUUGAAACAAUUAGGACUUCGAAUGCAAGGCUCUACAAUAAAAAAUAAUUUGGGAAGCGGGAUUGCAUAUAAUCCUGUCCUUUCAGCGGUAGAACAACGCGAAUUAGCUAGCUGGUUCUACAUGCCUCCAGAUUUCAACGUGUUUGACUCAGAUUUUAAUCCAUUUAGGCUUCCCGAAGACAAUUAUCGAAUUGAUCUCGACCCUUUUAGGAUGAAGCAUAUUAUCACUAACAAACACUACGGGGAUCCGAUUGAUAGGAAAGUUUACAUUCGUUGUGAGCCUGGAUACGUUAUAGGAAUCCAGCUCCUGAAUCCUAUUGAGAAUCGAUCAACUGAAGAAAUCUGGAUCCACGAUGCGCAAGCUGAAAACUCUCGAGCCGAUACUUGGAGUGUGAAGCGCGACCUAUCGGUAUUCCCUGCUACGAGUACCAGCUAUGGAGUGAUUUUGAACUAUAAAAGUGGCGAGAAGGCGUUGGGAGGAGCAGUGUUAAUUUUGUCUGUAACUCCAGCUCCAGUGCAAAAUAUCAAAAAUAGAAUAGUGAAGGGUCCUGUUCCGACAUUGUACGUGAAAUCCACUAAAAUCCAGAACAAUUCGAGAGGCGUUUCAGCGAUGUAUUACAACCGCUACUUGGGCGAACGUGGAGAGCACUAUUUGAGAAAAGCUAACGAGUCAUACCGUUUUGUUAACACUGAAAUUAGUAAUAAUCGAGGUGAGGCAUUCCUGGUUCGAGCACCUUUUUGGGAUGUUCAUGUCAGUAAUUUGUCCGAAGUUUCGAUUCACAUCAAUGGAUCACUUAUUUUGAAAAACGGUCGUGGCAUCCAUCACAUAUCGAAAGAUUUGCGAUCUUCAAACAAUCUCUUCCACUACGUUUUACAGGAUACCACAAUCGAGGAGAAUUCAGAUGGUGGUCUGCAGGUUUCCCUGCCAUACGUCUGGCAAUAUAAUGAAAAUUUCACUCAUUCAGUUUAUCUUGGCAACGAUACCUGGAUCCGAAAUAACAAUUUCGAAGUGAAGAUCAGUGGACACUACGCAAUCGUGAAUAUAACUUCAAAUGUAUUCAGAAAUAAUAACUGCAAGAGAGGGUUGAUUGCAAUGCACGGGAUGGAGAAGAAGAUGAAAAUUGAUAAUAACCAAAUUGACGGAAACAAUGGCAGAUACAUAUUCGAUUUCCGGGCAGACAGCUUAAGUGAGAUUUUAGGAGAGGUACCAGCUAUCCUGCAACUGAAUGAUAUACGAAACAAUCGAUACGAGCUGCCUUCAACCUUUAGGUCUGCCAUGAUGAGGGAGAAUGUCAGGAAGGCUAAGACGUAUCUAAAGAACCCAACUUGUGUGAUUGGAUUUGGAGGCAUUCAGAAAGUCACCAUUUACCGAAAUUUGAUUGCUAAUAACAAAAUGGACUACGAUCUUGUUGCUGGAAUUAAAUCAGCUCGAGUCAACAAUUACUUAUACGCAAGAGAGAACUGGUGGGGGUCGAUCGAGGAUGAUUAUAUUAUAUCAAGAAUUUUCGACUUCGACGAUUGGAACAAUCAUGCAGAAGUGGUUUUCCGGCCUUAUCUUCUUGAGAACUCCUUUGAUGCUAGUGUCUCGGUCGCGUUUGAAAGAAAUCCAGAUGUAGAUUUGGAUAAUUUGGGAGGAAGGAUUUUCCGAGAUACAACAAUUUACAGAAGAGAUAAACCGUAUUGGGUACGAUCAGACAUCACAGUAAUGCCAGGUAUUACCCUAACAAUUGACAACGGGGUUGUGAUGGAAUUCGCUCCUAAUGUUGGAAUAUUAGUGCUUGGAACCUUAAAAGCUCGUGGGUUCAAAGAUGGGCAUAUUAUCAUGAGGCCAAAAUUCGGACAGUCUCAAGCUUUAACAAGAAUUGAAAGAUCUUUGGAAAACCUGGUGGCUUAUGACUCCAUCAGACUUUGCACUAAGAAAAACUGCUCCUCUAGUGAAAAUGAAGUUGACACCACCCACGAAGGAUUCUUGGAAUAUUUUAAUCACACAACGCUUCAAUGGGUUCCGAUCUGUGACCGGCGAUUCACCGAAAGAAAUGCUCAAGUUGUUUGCAGAGAAUUAGGUUUUGAUCCUUUAGACGUUUACUUUGCUCACGAUCGCCGUAUUGAAUUUCACACCAAUUCGCUGACUAGAAUUUGGUCCUGGGUUGAACCAAUGGAAUGUCGAGGAGAUGAAUCUCGUUUGGAACUUUGCCCUGAACGGUUGAAUGGUCAACUUUAUGGCCGCAGACAUGAAUGCCAUUGGGAUGAUGAGUUUGUAUUUGUUAGUUGCAAUGGUGAUUUUGAGCCCAAAAAUUAUUGGGGUGGAGUUCGAUUUGCAAAUCCUGACUUCGAGAAUAACAUCUAUCAACAUAGGUUGCACGAUCAUAGAACACACGGCGUUGGAGCUGAUGAUGAGAGUCAUAUGGAAUUUGUACGAAUCGAAGGAGCAGGAAUCUUACAUAAUGAAAAAUCGCCGGCGAUUCAAACUAUUUUCAAGAGUCCGAUUAUAAGUUCGGUGACGAUCAAGAAUAGUGCGCACCAUGGAGUCAAUUUGAUUUCUCCUAGUAAGACGAUGCAUUUAAAGUUCUUGAAUAUUGAGAAUACUCUAGGACAUGGAAUAAAUGUUUUGUCAUUGACUGGGGAAGGAAGAGAAAGCGAUGAAUCAAGUUUCGCCCCGUUGAAGGCUAUUCAACUACCUUACAAUUUGUUUUCAUUGAUAGACAUCUGCGAUACAACGAAAGUUAUUACCGUUGAAGAAAGGAUCAUUCUCUAUUAUAAAUACGACAAUAAUCCUGUGAAUUGCGUUAAAAUCUUUAAUACUCCUCACCGAAUCAAACCGCUUGGAUUUAGGCUACUUCAGUCAAACUUAUUCAAUCACUCUAAAGAAUACGGCCGAACUGAUUCGAUCAAUCUAUAUGACGGCGACAUUUAUAAUAUUUCAUCAAUAUUCCUGGGAAAAGUAGAAACUGAUUCAGAUAAUGAGAAAAAUCUGUUUAGAACCAAGAGCCCGACGCUUAGCGUGAGAUUGAUAGCAAGUGGAGCUCCCGCUACACAUGGGUUUAUUGCUGAAGUAAUCACGCUUCCUAUCUCAGUGCUGGGAUACAGUCGUGAUGCUCAGCACAAUGUGUCAUAUUCGGAAAUAUCAGGAACAGUUGCUGGAGCCCUUUCGUAUUCCACCGCUGGAGAAGUGUCACCAAUUUUAACGCUUGAAGGAAACCGAUUUACUAACAACUGCCGUCAAAUGUAUGGGAACUUUUCGACCUGUGAAGCGGCUAUUGAAAUCGAUGUGCAGAAUAUGCAGUCAGUUCAUUUUAGGAACAAUCUUGUGCAACAGAAUCAAGGCGGUCUCUUCAUACGAGCGGAUUCCCGGGGUUCCGCAACAUCAUUGCGUGGUUGGAUCCAUCACAAUCUCUUCGCGAAGAAUAGGAAUCGUCCAGCUUUAUACGUUGAAGGUCGACAGUCUUCACCUUACCAAGAAGUGAUUGUCUAUAACAAUUACUUCAGUCAAAAUGAUGCGAAAUAUGAAAAUGUUAUCAAGCUAAGGCAGGUCCUUUCAAACUUCACAUAUAACUACGUUCACUCGAAUUACGGUGGAAGGAUUCUCGAGAUUUCUGGUUUCGAUAAAGUUCGAUUGCCGAUUUAUCAGACAACUUCGCAUAAUGGAUUCUAUGACAAUGUAGCUACAGACUGGCGGGGACGUGCUACCAUUGUUGCCGGAACAGCUGGGCAACAUUAUGUGGACAAUAUAUUCAGGAAUCCGAAUAACGAUUAUGAAAUAAUUACUGUGAAUCGAUCAAUAUUCGACUUCCAAUAUUGGAACAACACUAUUGAUGUCUGGAAAACAAAAAUCGAUGCUACGCACAACUAUUGGAGUUAUAACGAAACAAUCUCUGUGGGAUCACGAAUAAGAGAUAAAUCUGAUGAUCCACUUCUCCUCGAGGUGCAGUUUAUUCCAUUCCAUAUGAAUAACGAAACUAUUUUGGAUGGUAAAUGUCCUCCGGGCUGGAAUCUAGUUUUGGAUACAUGCUUUAUGUAUGUUGGAGCACCGAUGACAUUCUAUGAAGCUCGCGAGUUUUGCAGAUCAGAUAAUGCGUCUAUGCCGUUUAUUCGAACCGAUAGUGAGACGUUGUGGGCUUUCUUGCAGCAUUCAAUGAGACAUUUAAGAUAUCCAGAAAAAGUUUGGGUGCAGGAUUUCAAUUAUAUCGACAAAUGUACAAGUUUCAUAUAUCGAACUACUGAUGUCGAGGACUGCAACAAUAGGAUGCCCUUCAUCUGUGAAAUCGAUCCAAAAGUGGUCAUCGAUCCGUUGUCCUUGCGAGCUGAUGUGUUUGCCAUCAGCAUAAUAAGCGCAUUUAUUCUAGUUAUAAUAUUGCUCGUACUAAUCGGUGUGUGCUGGUAUAUGAAGUCACGUCAUCGUCAUGUACAAAGGCUGGAACGACGUCAUAGUAUUCGACAGAGUCUGAGAAGUCUGAAUAGUAUAGACCCGCAAGGAUCGAUGCGCCGACGAAAUUUUAAUAUGUCGGCAUCAACGAACACUCUCACAAAAUCUUCGGUAACAGAUUACAAGAAAAUGACCUCAAACGGCUCCAUCGACUCCAUGGAUAAAAGUGUAUUGAGUUCCGAAACCAGUUACGACGCCUACGAUCCAAAAGCGGCCCACUACAACGAAUACUCAAACCAGCCAAAUGGCAAUGGCUACCACAACAACGCGCUUGCUCAGAAAUAUAACGAGUACGCGAACCAAAGCAAAGCAAAGUCAUCGCCAGUGGUACCAGUGAAGACAGCAACCGUUGGAUCCACUAGGAGUGGUAACAAACCUCGCGCAUACGGACUGCCCGAUUAUAAUCCACAAAAUUUUGAACUGUCUUACCGCAAUGAAGGUUUCCGGGACAAUUCCACAUUUUCUGGGACAAGAAAUAAUUCUGUAAGUACGACGCUGACUGAAGAUACUCCGAUAAUUCAUCAAACCGACACUGAAGAUGUGGAAUCUGACUACUAUGGAAACUCAAGCACGUUACCAUUGAGGUCGAAAGGAGAAAAUUUGGCUUUCCUGUCGGAACUCAAACACCGCCUGCCUGAAUAUGAAAGCCCGAAACGCGAGGAAGUAUUCCAGCCAGCGCAUAGCAGCUUUUUACCACCGCCUCCUGAUCCGCCGGGCUCAGAGCAAUCUACAGCAUCGAGUACACUGCCAUACGAUAAGAAGAUCGAUAGACUCCAGUUCAGUCCGACAGAGGAUGACCAGUUCGAGGAAAUUCGGAGACCGGCGCCAGUUCCAGCAGAAGUCAGACGACCGGACUCGUACUACACAGCCGUAAGGAGUAGUCGUGCUCCUAAAAAUAACAAUCUGCCCCCACCACCAUCUCCGAUCAGAGAAGGUGGAUCAGGACGACCUCGAACCGUUUACGAGGCGGCCGAGGACCCGCGUCCUUCUUACUCACGAUCAAAGUCUGAAGCUUUGCUUGAAACUAAUUUCGACGAAGCUAUGCCCAAUGCUGGGCUUCAAGCGGACAAUAGAAGUUAUAGCCAACCACUUGAGACUGCUAUGUAGGUUCACAAAAUCUAAAAUGUUAGUAUGAGUAUUCUAAGUCUUCACUAGAAAGGUUCGCACGAGCCAUAAGAUAGAAAAUAAAAAUUUCGCAACUUGAGCCUGAGAAUUAGAAACAAAUAACCAAGCUUCAUGAUCUGAUAUCGAAUACCAUACCCACUACCAUUAGAAUGGUCCUGCAACGAGCUUUUAAUGCUAGCGUAUCCUUCUAUCCAUACAGAGACAUUUAAUCUAGGAAUAAUGAUAAAUUGGAGUUUUUCAAAUGGCAUCCUUACUCCAAUGAAUAUGCAACUAAAAUAGCUAUUCCGUUUGAUUACAGUUAAAUCACGGAGGGUUUAAGCGUUUUCUAAACCCCGAAAUUUAAGUUCUCUGUGACUUGUGGCCAGCAAAAAGAUAAAAGAUUCGUAAUUUACGCAAGACAUUACCGAAGAACAAAAACAUUCACUCGAUUCCAUCACCGAUUACUUAUAAUUUGCUUAAGGACCUUGGGCCUGUAGAGGAAUAAAUUGUUGUAAAUAUUUAAUUUUUUAGAAGUCUAAGUGCAAUCGCGCAACUUUUGAUCACAUUCCAAUACCAAUCGUGUACCACUCAAUUACGCAUAACGUUUACUGUAAAUAAAGAUUGUAAUGUGUUAA